GCUUGACAAGAGAUGAGAGACGUGGGCAAAAAAUCGUGUGGCCAUAAACGGUGCAAAUUUCUUCUAAGCAACACUUUUCUCUGUAAGCUUCCUAUAUCUUCUGUCUAAAAUUUUAGCAGACUCUGCAAACCUUAAAUUAUGGCGUUACCAUUUCUUUCUUACACCACCUCCCUCUCUAAACCCUUCCCUUUUUCUCCCAAACUCACACCAUCUUUACCCCUUUACCCUAACACCCACCUUCUCAAACCACUGCCCAUAAAACCUCCCCGAACAAAAUGCCAUGCAAUUACUGAUCUACGAUCCCCCACUGUUCCUGAGAGCAGAGAAGUAGAAGAUGAUCAUGUGGUGCUUGCGGGUCCCUCUACUGAGGAGGAGAGGAGGGAGGAGAGAGUGGUGGCGGAUUAUGAUUGGACGGAGGAGUGGUACCCACUUUACCUUACUAGGGAUGUACCAGAUGAUGCACCUUUGGGACUCACUGUGUUUGAUAAGCAGAUAGUUUUGUUUAAAGAUGGAGAAGGUGAGCUUCGCUGUUAUGAAGAUAGGUGUUGUCACAGGUUAGCUAAACUAUCAGAAGGUCAGUUGAUAGAUGGAAGACUUGAAUGUCUCUAUCAUGGUUGGCAAUUCGAAGGAGAAGGCAAAUGUGUGAAGAUACCUCAGCUUCCUGCAAAUGCUAAAAUUCCUCGAUCGGCUUGUGUCAAAACAUACGAGGUGAGGGAGUCACAAGGAGUUGUGUGGGUAUGGAUGUCCCAAAAGAAUCCACCAAACCUUAAUAAGCUACCUUGGUUUGAGAAUUUUGCCAGGCCAGGGUUCCAAGAUACUUCAACUGUUCAUGAGCUUCCUUAUGAUCACUCUAUACUUCUUGAAAACCUCAUGGAUCCAGCACAUAUUCCAAUCUCACAUGAUCGGACAGACUGGACUGCAAAAAGAGAAGAUGCCCAGCCACUGUGUUUUGAGGUCACUGAACGCACUGAUCGGGGAUUUGCAGGAUGGUGGGGAAAGGAAAAAGAUCAGUCGUCACCAAACUUCUUACGAUUUGAAGCACCAUGUGUUCUUCAGAAUAGUAGAGAAUUCGUUGAUGAGAAUGGAGUGAAGCAGUACUUCACUGGCCUCUUCCUUUGCAGACCAACUGGACAAGGAAAAUCCAUGCUCAUUGUGAGGUUUGGAGGAACAAAAAGAUCCCACAUUAUAAAAUGGAUUCCCAAUUGGUACUUUCAUCAGAAUGCAAGUAAGGUCUUUGAACAAGAUAUGGGAUUCUUAUCAUCCCAAAAUGAGGUUUUAAUGAAAGAAAAAAUCCCCACGAAGAAUCUGUACCUCAAUUUAAGGUCCUCGGAUACAUGGGUAGCAGAAUACAGGAAAUGGAUGGAUAAAGUUGGACAUGGAAUGCCUUAUUAUUUUGGGCACAGCACAAUCUCUUUACCUGAAGUGCCUGCAGUUGUUGAACAUGCACUAGCUGGACUUGUUGCCGGAGUUUCGGCUUCUUCACCAGCCAAGGGUGGGAUUGGAACAAUGCAUGCACCCAAUUUGGCAAACAGGUAUUUCCGGCAUGUUAUCCAUUGCAGGGAAUGCAGUAGUGCUGUCAAAGCUUUUGAAUCUUGGAAAAACACCCUUUCGGCUAUAGCUCUCGUGUUGAGUGCAUUGGCUAUUCUAGCAUCCGGAAGGCAGUGGAAGACGUUUCUCUUGGUAUCAGCAGGCUUGUGCUUGGCAGGAGUUUAUGGAUGCUCAACUGCUAUUGCAAUGAACACAACAAAUUUCAUAAGAACACACAGAAGAUUGUGAUUAGGCAGGUGGUUUCACAAGUUUCUGUUGUACUCAGGCCUACUAUAUGAAGGGGCUAUUGAUUGUGCAUGCAGAUGUAAAGUCAAAAAACCUAAUCAGAAUCACAGAAUUAUAUGGUUAAAACAUAUUCUUAGAUA